AUGCUUGUGUUUGCAAUCGAGCAGUGCAAUCUGGUGCUCUGUCGAUGGUUGACCAGAUCUAUUGCGGCAGGCCAAGCUAACCAUAUCGGCAGCAAGUCGCACCUUCCAUAUCGCCGUGCGGGCAGGCGCAACCGGCCCUUCUGCUUUCAGCGGAAACGGCUAUCCACCUUCGGCGGAACGGAGGCUAACAGCAACGCAUCCACUUUGUCUACUUACCCAACCCAGGUUGCUGUCAAAAUGCCACAAUUAGUGCCUCUGGUUGCUGCUGCUCGUCUCUCUUCUUCUCCCUUUAUCAUCUCUGCGAACCAUCUGCGACAGUCCAGUAUUCGCCACUCGCACCAUCCCCCGCUUCAGAGAGCUUCUUUUCAUCACCAGACUAGCCCAGCACCACAAACAGAGCGCAACAAACUCUCCACUACAUUGUGA